AUGAAACGUGGUGUUUUUAUUAGAGCAAUGGGCUCGGCUUGGCCAACAGCACCUCGUGUAGAAAGUUUCACGUUCAAUGUCGCAACUAGCCCAAAAAAUAUUUUUGUCGUCGUCGUCGAGGUCGACCAUGUCUUCCCGAAUUCGACCAAUUUGCCUGAUAAAGGAAACAGGCCCUACAACACCUGUAACCCUCCCAUGCCAGAUAAACAUGCAAAGGUUGCAAGUCGCAAUCGUGAAUCCGCUCAUCUGCACCAUGAGGUGACGACCAAGACAGUAACGUCUAACUCGGAUACGACAAAAGCUGAACGCAUUGUAAACACCAAUGUGUUUCGUGGUGGAUGGAUCCCCAGCUUCGGCCUAGGGUUCUUGUUGGUGUAUCUUGCUACUGCAGCCGAGAUUGAAACAGCACUCCAGCAAGGCGUUCUUUUUGACGAUGGCAUGCGUAUCAUCCCUUGCCGUGCUAUGAGCUCUGACGUGGAUAUUGCGCGUAUUCGACUGACAUCUCCCUCGAAUGCCUAUCCCUGCCCUUGUGAGAGCCUCAAAAUGAGUCUUCGCUCAUUUGGAAGAGUACUCGACUGUGGGAUCUAUCGUGAAACACGUUCACAAAUGUUUAUGGGAGAAGGUUUUGCUGUUUUGGAUCGUACACCAACAGCUGAUGAUUCAACCUCAUGUCAUCAACCAGGACACCAUGUACGCCUGUGUCCCGACAACCCACAAAACAUCGACCAUGUUAUGCUUGUGGGGAAAAUGGACAUAAUGCUGCCGAGUGUCCAACACGUUCCAAUUCUGUUCAUUGAAUUUACAACAAAAAAGAAAGAAAAGACUCGUGCUCAACCUCCUGUCACCAAUGCUACAACACAUGAUGCAUUACCUGUGACACCUGAGAAGGACACCACACCUACUCCUUCCGACAAAGAUUUGCCUACCGAGUCUGUGGAUUGGGAUGAUCUUGCCGAACAAGAUGCCGCUGACAGUGAAGGUGAAGAGCCCUCGAAUGCCGACGGCAUGGAUACGGAUGAACCGAAUCAAGAACUAGAAGAAGCAACCGAUCAAUUUUGA